CUCCGCGCCUGCUCCUCCUCCUGCUCUCUGGGUCCCAGCAGUUCCGGGUUCUUCUCCUCUUCUUCUACAUCUUGUCCCCUUCUCAUCCACGCAGCAUCAGCGUUCGCAGCCUCAGUAUCGUGCGGUGUCAUGGUGCGGGACGUCGCUGCGGGGACAGAGGUGACAUCAUCAUAAAGUUAACUUUGUGCGUGAAGAUGCUGAUUCUGCCCAGUCAUGACAGAGAUCAAACCGACCCACUCUCGGGGAAUUCUGGGAGUUUUACCCACUAAGGCCGUGUGUUUUCAAGUGCUCAGUGACAAUGGAGCAGGACUUUACUCAGUGACACAGAUUAUGUUCACGUGCAAGUGUCGAGCUGACGAGCGAGAAACAAGCCCAGUGUAAAGAUGGCCGCCACAGGAAGGAAGCACUUAGUGAGAGACUUUAACCAUUUUAUCACCUGCUUUCUCUGUCGAGGUUAUCUGAUCAAACCCACGACUGUUACGGAGUGUUUACACACCUUCUGUAAGAGCUGCAUCGUUCAACAUUUUGAAGACAGUAACGACUGUCCCAGAUGUGGUAUUCAAGUCCAUGAGACCAACCCACUGGAGAUGCUCAGGUUGGACAACACUCUGGAGGAGAUUAUUUUUAAGCUGGUGCCUGGACUCAGAGAGAAAGAAGAACAGCGGGAAAUGGAAUUCUGGAGGAGAAACCAUCCGAAAGAAAACGGACGAGAGAACCUGAGGUGUCAGAAGAUUGGAUUUCCCGAUGUUGAAGGUGUUGCGGGCGGCGGUGAAGAAGACAGUGAAGGCACCACUGACUACCACAGAAGUGACCCUCAGAUCGCCAUCUGUCUGGACUGUCUGAGAAACACCGGACAGACUGGAGAAAAUACAGUCACUAAUUUGAUGAAGAAGUUCAUUCGCUGCUCCAGCAGAGUCACCGUGGGAACUAUUAAAAAGUUCUUGAGUCUGAAGCUAAAGCUGCCAAGUUCAUACGAGUUGGACGUCUUGUGCAACGGAGAGAUCAUGGGCAGAGAUCACACCCUGGAGUUCAUCUACAUGACCCGAUGGAGGCUCCAUGGGGACAACACGUAUCCCAUGGUCCUGGAGUACAGACCACGCAUAGACUUCGGCUGAACCAUGGUUCCGAUGAAGAGCAGCACACACACACGUGCACAGUGUGCAGAGAAAUCCACAUAUUUUUGUACAGAUUAAGAUGAUGAAGUUCAGAUGAUGUUUUAUGUUACAUAGAUUAAUAAUAUAUGCUGUAAUAAUAUAUGAUAUUUUUAAAUGUUCCGUCCCUGUGCCUCGAUGAAGUUUGAUCACACUCUUCCUCACUCUGCCUGUAUAACUGUAGAUUAAAUGUUGAUUUUUUUUUACUGUCA